UACCCAACCUCUCUUAAUGCUUCAAGGACAAGCACGUAAAUUUGAGAAGCCAAGGGGCCUAGCUGCAAUAUCUUCACAUUGACCGAACUAAGCCUAAGGAUAUUGUGUUCAUCGAUGCUGCGGCACCCACACCUCUUCUAGUAUUUUCUCUUGUUCCUUCCUUCUCCUCCACCACCAUCAGCAAAACGAAACUCGCACACAUCCUUUUCUUCCUCGCCAUGGCAAGCAUCAGAGCAUCAACCCCCACAAGAGCAUAGCUAGCACCCUAAAAUGAACAUGUCCUAAGCUUGCUGCUGCAUGCAACCACAGCACACAGGGCAGGGCAAGGCAAGCACAAGCUACCUUUUGUGAUGGAGGCAUCCUUGCCAUGACACCUAAGCCACACCAGCCAUGACAGCCACCACCUCCUCUGCUCCUUGUUUGCAUGGCCACGGCCAUGGCAGGGCGACCGCCGCCUACGCGGUGGCGGCGUGCCUUGUGGCGGUGACCUUCUUGAUGGCGGCUGCCUUGCACCCGAGGACACAAGCUUCCUGGUUCCUGUCUUCGUCGUCCUCUCCCUCCGCGUUCCACUCCUUGCAUUCAAAUGGAGGUGGAGGAGGCGGUGAGCACCUCUUGGCCACCACCAGCCCUUACUCUGACGGCAGCGACGGCGGCAGGAACAGCGCUGAUAAGGAAGUGCGUGAGGAGGUGUUGUUUCAGCGGCAAGCUGGUGGCGGGUUGCUGUCCUUGACCAACUCUAGCUCCGUCCAUGGCGCGCCUGAGCUCUCCGGCACGCCGCCGGCUCCGGCUCCAUCAUCGGCUAAGGAAAUAUCAGAUAACUCAAUCCAAGUCACACCACAAGUGCUGAGGAGAAGAGAUGUAAAACUGGAGCGAAUAGAACUAGGCCUCGCGAAAGCACGAUCGGCAAUAAUGGAAGCUAUCCGAAACAAGGACAACCGGCCUUUGUUGAUCGACAAAGAUUACGUGCCGGUUGGUCCAGUGUACAGGAAUGCCUAUGCAUUUCACAGGAGCUACCUGGAAAUGGAGAAGCUGUUCAAGGUCUACGUCUACGAAGAAGGUGAGCCGCCGGUGUUCCACGACGGGCCGUGCCACAGCAUAUACUCCACAGAGGGCAGGUUCAUAUACUCCAUGGAGAUGGAGAGCCGGAUGCGGACCAGAGACCCGGACCUUGCCCAUGUCUUCUUCCUCCCGUUCAGUGUCGUCAAGAUGGUCAAGAUGAUCUACGAGCCGAACUCGCACGACAUGGGUCCACUCCGGCGCACCAUCUCGGACUACAUCGGCGUGCUGUCGGCCAAGUACCCAUACUGGAACCGGAGCCUCGGCGCGGAUCACUUCAUGCUGUCCUGCCAUGACUGGGGGCCGUACGUGUCGUCGGCAGACGGGCACCUGUUCUCCAAUUCCAUCCGCGUGCUGUGCAACGCCAACAAGUCGGAGGGCUUCAACCCUUCCAAGGACGUGUCGCUGCCGGAGAUCAACCUCCGGAGCGACGUCGUGGACCGGCAGGUAGGCGGGCCCUCGGCGUCGCACCGCCCGAUACUGGCCUUCUUCGCCGGCGGCAACCAUGGGCCCGUGCGCCCGCUGCUGCUGGAGCACUGGAAAGGCAAGGACCCCGACGUGCAGGUGAGCGAGUACCUGCCCCGCGGCGUGUCGUACACGGACAUGAUGCGGCGCAGCCGGUUCUGCCUGUGCCCCGGCGGGUACGAGGUGGCGAGCCCGCGGCUGGCGGAGGCCAUCUACCUGGAGUGCGUGCCCGUGGUGGUCGACGACGGCGACUACGCGCUGCCGUUCGGGGACGUGCUCAACUGGGACGCGUUCUCGGUGCGCGUCCGCGUCGCCGACAUCCCGCGGCUGAAGGAGGUCCUGUCGGCCGUGUCGCCGCGGCAGUACAUCCGGAUGCAGCGGCGGGUGCGGACCGUGCGCCGCCACUUCAUGGUGCACGGCGGCGCGCCGCAGCGGUACGACGUGUUCCACAUGAUCCUGCACUCGAUCUGGCUCCGGAGGCUCAACGUCAGGGUCGUGGCGCGGGGCUGAGGGAUUCUUGGAGAAUGCAUGUAUUGUGUGGUCUGAAGCCUGAACUGUGAAGAGUGAGCUAAUUGCGUCUGUGUAGAU